AUGGCAGACAUAGUUCUUAAUCAAACGGGACGGACUGCAAGCAUCCUGACAGCACUGUCACCAGAUCAUUACCAGCUCUUCAUUCGAGCUCAGCCAAACAAAAAGCAACAACCACCUCCACCAUGGGGCACGUUAGAGGAGUUACUGCUAGCGUCCGCCGUAAACCGCCAUGGAACCGAUUCUUGGGACUCAAUAGCUAUGGAAUUCAACGACCUCAAACGACGUUUCGGCUUCACUACUCUGCGAAACGACACCGCUUCCUCGUUAGUUGAUGAGCUCCGUAAACUUCGCGUUGAUGAGCUUCGUCGCGAAGUCCAUCGACGCGACGCAUCUAUCGUGUAA